AUGGGCGCCGACGCCAUCGAGCACACCGCAUCUCCAGUCCAUCUCAAGGCAAACGAGCCAGACGAAAUCAUCUUCCCAGCGAUAUUUGGUGCUCCACGCAUGCUCGAGUCCGUAUUCGCACACGGCAGCUCUGUCAAAUGGGUAGUCGCCACGUCGUCCGCAACAUCUGCCCUGGGCUUCGGCACUACGCUGGACGUCUUCACGGAGGAAAACGGGAACGAGCAGGCAAUGGAGGACCCUAACGCGAACGACGGAAAUGUCAGACAGUAUUGCGCCAGCAAGACCCUCGCCGAGCACGCCCCAUGGGAAUCUAUGGAGAAGAACAAGGACAAGCUCGGGUGGGAUCUUCUUCAAAUGCACAACAUGUCCUAUGAUCCAGCGAAGGCAACGCAUCUGAUCAGAGAUGACACCUCGAAUGCGAAUAAGGUCCUCUGCUUCACGUACCGGGCGAGGAGAUGGCCUGAGGAAGGACGCGUUCGUGGCCUAUUGCUUAGUUCUGCGUCAGUCGGGGAUGCGGGUUACAGAGAGCGAUCAAUGGGGACAUACGCAGAAGUCAAUUGCGGCGACACGCAUGCGCAUACCUCAUACAGCGAGGGCGAACUGGAACAGACCCUUAAUAUCGGUGUUCCUGCCUUAUGCAGUAUCGCACAUACGAUGUUUGCAUCUCGUACAAGUAUUGCACGGACCUGGGUGCUCAGGCUCGCUCGGGCGAGUAAGGAGGCAUCAUCGGUAUCUGAGACUGAGACGGUGUAUGUCUUGGGUGAAGCCGUCGCUGCCUUGCAAGAGCAUUUUACUGUACGCACCUCGACUGCGACUCAAAGACGGCUCGCGCAAAGUCUGCAAGGUACUACAAACAAUGCCAAAUAUGGUGGCAUGCGCUCGCCACAAUCUCAAGUUCCAACAUAUGACACGUUGGAACGAUGCAGGGUGACAUGCAGGGAGUUCGAGCCGAUGGCACGAGAGUGCCUAAAGCAUUCCAUAAGAUUCAAGAAUGUGGAGGAUGUGGAGCGCAUCAAGGUGGAUGUUUCCGGUGGUAGGUUGCGACGCUGGAGUGGGCCCCUGACAGUGAGCAUCGACGGCGAUGAUCGAAAUGGGGUGUCGAUCAUAGGCGGGAACAUGGACGACGAGCGAUGGCCUAUUCCACACCUGGCUACGUUCGCAUCGAGGCUCACAGGGAGAUGGCCGUUUGUUAAGUGGCUGACCGUUACCAACGCGAUGUGGCGGGCGCGGGAUCUCGAUCUGGACGCCGUCGUCCGCGAUCUGGCCGCCUUUUCGAUCACCAUCCUCAUCCUCAGGAACGUCAUCUUCGUUGGGCCGCCUCGCUCUAUCUCUCGAUUCCAUCUUCUACCGCACCCGCGACUGGAGUCACUCGACCUCCACCAUGGGCACGACGACACAAAACUGAGACCUUCCUUUGUUGAAAUGGUCGACCUUAUUGCUGCCAUCGGUAACAGGAGAUGCCUAGUCCCUCUUCGCGACCCUGCGCAGGCGUCCCCUUGGAGCACCGUUCGAAGAUUGACACUCGGCCCUGUCACGUUUCCCUCGGUCACGACCUUUGCUCGCCUCCUGUGCGCUCUCCCUUCACUCGAAGGCAUCGAACUACAGGCGUUAUACUCGUUCGUGAAACACGGCUUUGACCUCACAAGUGUUCCUGUGCACCCUGGAUUAUCAUCACGUCUAGCAGAUGUCGACCUGGCAUAUCACUUACCCUUGCGCGUGGACCCUUGUUCUGCAGCUGACCUUGUCGACUUUUUCAUCGCUACUGGUCUCAGCGGAAACCUUCGGCGCAUUACUGCCCGUCUGUCCUCGUCUUACCGGGUAACAACAGCGUGCGAUGCAGCCCAUCACAGGCUGGUCAAACAUUGCCAAUCACUCCGCCAUCUUUUAUUCCUGUCAUCCCCAAUGUCCAGUGUAUCAGAUGCCGUUGACUUGCAUGCAGACCAAAAUGCAGCCCCAUAUCUCGAUGUGUCUAGCAAUACGUGCCUCGAAUGCCUUCUUCUCACAGUCAACGUCGAUCACGAGAAUAUAUCACAUCUAUGCGCUCCGGUGGCCGCGAUUCUAUCACAGGUCACAUCCGUGCAUAUAUCAAGGAUUGAAGUCAAAUUCUGGCCUCGUUCUAACCCGAGGCUCGAUGCAAAGCUCGACGUAGACUUGGGAAAGCUGAUGGACGAGCUCCCACAGCUUGAUGUCAUCUUCUCUCGGCCAAUCUUCAAUAAUCUCACCGACGUUAUCAUAUACAUCAGAACGCUGGAUGGACCGAAUGUACGAGAUGAAGAAUUAGUGCAGGACCUACGAAUGUGCGUGCCAACGCUUGAUGCACGCGGUAUUCUAGGCAUUAGGUUGAAUGAUGUCAACUUAUCCAGGAGUGGACUGUACCUGGACGAAGAGACGGACGAAUGGAGAUGUCAUAGGAUCGAGAGGGUCUCCGCACAGGAUGCUGUGGUAAUUGAUGCACGGCCUGAUGACAACGACGACAGGCGUACCAAUAACACUGUCAACGUUACAAUCCCGCAUGACGACUCAGACGUGGUGUCCGGAACGUCGCAGCCCGUCUCGGUGCCACCAGCCGCGUAUGCCGAUGCUCAGACACCUUCCUCGUCGAUUCCUACGGAUGCACGAGUACCUACCGAGUCGGCGUGCGACGAUGAACUUGUACUGCAGAAUGCAACGGCCGGGCCGGGAACGUCCGUGGACGAAUUUGCGCCAGACGAUCACGCUACUCCUCGCCCAUACGCCGUCGAGGAGCUCGGGCCUGCGAAAAAGCCUACAGCGCCGGAUGCAUACGAUGCAUAG